AUACCCCCAUCGAUCCUAGCCCAUAAAAGGACCAGCAUCUAUGGGAAGUCUUGCAAGAGACCAAAACAAAAACUUUGAGAAGCGAAGAUUUUCUUGAAAAAACAAUGAGUUUGCGUAGGAUGUUCUUGGAAUUAGUUAUUUGUGUUGCUGUGAUACUGUCGGAAAUGGGUGCUGCAGCUGUAGAUAAAUUUCAAAUAGCCAAGCCUAACUGUCUGGAUCGGUGUGGAGAUGUUCAAAUUCCAUAUCCAUUUGGUACAACUAAACGUUGCUCCCUGAAUGGGGAUUUCUUCUUGAGAUGUAACGAUUCGUCCGGCCAACUAAUAGCCGGUAUAAAUUUGGCUGUCGCAAAGAUUUCCAUCAUGGACGGCGAGCUUGACAUCUUGAUGUAUGUAGCCAAUCAGUGUUACGAGAUUAAUGGUGUACUUGGGGAUAACAACAAUCCCUGGCUCAGCUACCCGGCUUUCACAGUUUCCAACACCAAAAACAGGUUCUUCACCAUCGGCUGUGACACUUACGCCUACCUCAAUGCUUACCGAAACAAUGAACGGUUCUCCAUAGGCUGCAUGUCUAUAUGUCGAAGUCUUCAAAAUGUCGAAAAUGGAUCUUGCACUGGGAUUGGGUGUUGCCAGGUUGAAAUCCCAAAGGGACUGAAGAACUUUACUUUGGAUCCUCGUAGCUAUCGCAAACACAUAAAUGUCUCUGAAUUCAAUCCAUGCAGCUUUGCUUUUGUGACUAGACCAGAAGAGUUCAAUUUCUCCUCUGUUUAUCUUAAAAGCCUGCGAGAGAAAGAGACCUAUCCAAUGGUUCUUGAUUGGGCAAUCGGUGAUGAAAAGUGUGACACUGCUCAAAACAAGCCAGAUUACGUAUGUGGAGGGAACAGCUCAUGUGAAAAUCCCCCAAACGGGGUCGAUGGGUAUCGUUGCAAGUGCAAAGAAGGUUAUGAAGGAAACCCAUACCUCCCUGAUGGUUGCCAAGAUAUUAAUGAGUGCGAAGCAUAUCCGAAUCCCUGCGAUAUUACUACAUCAAGAUGCAACAACAUUGAUGGGGAUUUUACAUGUACGUGCCUCGACGGAUACGAAGACGAUGGGAAGAUCAUGAACGGAAAAGGUUGCAGACUUAAAGCCGGGGCCAACCGAUCAAAGAUUAAUAUCAUUAUUCCACUCGCUGUCGGCAUUGGCCUCAUAGGAUUGUUCAUGGGAGGUUCUUCAAUAUAUUGUGGACUCCAAAGAAGAAAAUUCAUCAAGCUAAAAGAGAAAUUUUUCCAACAAAAUGGAGGCUCAUUGUUACAAGAAAAACUCUCGAAUUAUAGAGCUUCUACGGAGGUUGCCAAAAUCUUCAGUGUGGAGGAAUUGGAAAAAGCUACCAACAAUUUCGAUAAGAGCAAAAUCCUUGGUGAAGGAGGCUAUGGAACUGUUUAUAGAGGAGUCUUAUUGGACAACAAAAUUGUUGCCAUUAAGAAAUCAAAAAUCUGUGACAAGACUCAAAUUGAGCAAUUCAUAAAUGAAGUUAUUGUGCUUACCCAAAUUAACCAUAGAAAUGUGGUUAGGAUGUUGGGUUGUUGUCUAGAAACAGAGGUCCCGUUACUAGUCUAUGAAUUCAUCACAAAUGGGACUCUUUCUAGUCACAUUCAUGAUAGGAACCUAUCAUCCUCAUUGUCAUGGGAAAAACGUUUGAAGAUAGCAUCAGAAACUGCAGGGGCACUUGCAUACUUGCAUUCUUCAACUUCUGUGCCGAUUUUACAUAGAGAUGUGAAAACUGCAAAUAUACUUUUAGAUGAAAACUAUUCAGCAAAAGUGGCUGACUUUGGAACUUCAAUUUUGGCCCCUCUUGAUCAAACUGAAUUAUCUACAUUGGUAAAGGGAACUUUUGGAUAUUUAGACCCAGAAUACUUUUAUAGUAACCAGCUUACAGAAAAAAGUGAUGUUUACAGUUUUGGUGUUGUUGUGGCGGAGUUGCUGACAGGUAAGAAAGCGCUUUCUUUUGAUAGGCCUGAAAAGGAUAGAAGUUUGGCAAUGUAUUUUAACUCUGCUGUAAAAGAGGAUCGCUUGCAUCAAAUUCUUGACGAUCAAAUUGUCAAUGAUGGCAAUAUUAAUGUGAUAGAUGAGGUUGCUAAUAUUGCAAAAUCGUGCUUAAGUGUAAGAGGGGAGGAUAGGCCAACGAUGAAGGAAGUGGCAAUGGAGCUAGAAGGAUUGAGAAUUAUGGGAAAACAUCCAUGGGUAAAGGCUGAUCUUUAUACAGAGGAGACUGAAUACUUGCUUGGGGCACCUACACACUCGUUCAACAUUGAUGUCUACAAUGGUUCUUCCUCUACCAUCACAACAGACGUUGGGCUUGAAAGUAUGAGGAACCAAGUCGUGAAACCAUUAGACGACGGCAGAUGAUGAGCUAGCUAGUUCAUGGCCAAUACAUACAUCAUGAUCUUCACCAAUUGAUCAAAUUUAUUACUUAUACAUAUAUAUGUAUCUCUAAUAUUUUUUCGUGUUUAAUGUCUCAAUUUUCUUGCCGCACACCUUCGUUUUCUUUUUUUGUAAUAAGGCUCCGUUAUCAAUUGAUAUACCGUAGAGAAAUCUUUUAAA